CACAGAAAUCCUCAAAACUAAAAAUAAAAAACUGCCAGCAUAUGUCAAAAUGAUUAGUAAAAAAAAUAAACAAUAAAUUAAUUAAUACUCCAAUAAUUAUAUAGUCAAUAUUUUUAACUCAAAUAUCUACAUUAAAUCAUGUCGGCGAUAUUUAAUUUUCAAAGUUUGAUGACAGUUAUAUUACUGUUAAUUUGUACUUGUGCUUACCUAAGAUCAAUUAUACCAAGACUAAUUGACAGACAAAAAGUUGGACUCGGUGGUAUCUUUUGGAAAUGUGCCAGAAUUGGUGAACGAAAAAGUCCUUAUGUUGCUGUUGGUUGUCUCUUCAUGGCAUUUACCAUAUUAUUUUGGUCAUAAUUAUUUACAAUAAAAAAAAAAUCUAAUUUAUACUUUUUAAAUACUACUUUGUAUAAUUUAGUUAAAUAAAAACACAUGUAUAAUAUUAUU